CCAUCCGGUCGGCGCAGCUGGAAAAACCUGCAAUCAAACCACCGGGCAGUGUCCGUGCAAAGAUGGUGUCACCGGCUUAACAUGUAAUCGUUGUGCCAAAGGCUUCCAACAGAGUCGCUCGCCUGUAGCUCCCUGCAUUAAAAUCCCUGUUGUCAACCCAACAUCGGUGGUUACCAGCACUGAGGAACCAACAGAUUGUGACUCCUACUGCAAGCCAGCCAAGGGCAAUUACAAAAUCAACAUGAAAAAGUACUGCAAGAAAGACUAUGUUGUCCAAGUCAAUGUCUUAGACAUGGAGACGGUAGCCAACUGGGCCAAGUUCACCGUCAACAUCCUCUCGGUCUACAAGUGUCGGGACGAACGUGUGAAACGGGGCGAUAACUUCUUAUGGAUCCACAUGAAAGACCUGGCUUGCAAAUGUCCCAAGAUCCAAAUUAGCAAGAAGUACUUAGUUAUGGGGAUCAGUGAAAACCCCAGUGACCGGCCAGGACUAAUGGCCGACAAGAACAGCUUGGUGAUCCAAUGGCGGGACGCCUGGACUCGGCGCCUCCGGAAACUGCAGAGGCGGGAGAAAAGGGGGAAGUGUUUGAAACCGUGAUUGGUUCGAGCCCAUGUCUGUUAUAUGCACACCUCCUUCCCCUUGUGCCUGUGGGUUGCCUGGGCACUCCGCUCCACAGACUCUUCCGAAAGACUCUGUACAUAUACAUAACCUAUGAAUGGGUGGAUGCACCUCUGUAUAGUGUAUAU